AUGACGAAUGUACUGAUGGGCCGAGGACAACUAGGACAACAACGACAACGAGGACAACAACGGCAACGAGGACAUCAACGACAAAGAGGACAACAACGGCAACGAGGACAUCAACGACAACGAGGACAUCAACGACAACGAGGACAUCAACGACAACGAGGACAUCAACGACAAAGAGGACAACAACGGCAACGAGGACAUCAACGACAACGAGGACAACAACUACAACGAGGACAACAACUACAACGAGGACAUCAACGACAAAGAGGACAACAACGACAACGAGGACAUCAACGACAACGAGGACAACAACGACAACGAGGACAACAACGACAACGAGGAAAACAACGAAAACGAGGACAACAACGAAAACGAGGACAACAAUGA